CAAUAAUAUGCUGUAUAUAAUACAACCGAGCAGUAUAUGAGGUGCUGAAAUAGUCGCGUCUGUUAUCGGAUGAUCAACACGGACACAGCACAUCGUAAGAUUCCGUACUACCAUGGAUACCUUGCGCCAUCUAGGGAUCGUAUUGAUGGUCAUUCAGUGUCAAGCAACGUUUGACUGUCGACGACCAAGCCAGGAUUGUAAGAAUGGCGGAACAUGUUCGUACGUCGCCUCCGCGUGCACCUGCGCCGGGGGUGCCUCACCAACCCACGAGGGAGACGACUGCGGUCUGCUCAUCAUUGACAAAGGCGCCAGCUCUUGCGUUACAACUGACCCUUGCAAGGCAGGUCAAGGUGCCUGCUACGAUGACGGCAGUGGGGGCAUGUGUUACUGCUUCAGCGACUACUACGGUUCGGCGUGUGAUGAACAACGAUUUACUGUGUCGUGUCUGGCUGACAGAAUGGUCAUCGGCCUCAACCCCUACGGUACAUUCAGCGGCGUCGCCUACAUUGAAGGCAAGAGAGGAACAGCGGCCUGCGAGUCAUCGCCGGUACCGUCGGCGUCAUCAUCUGACAACGUCCCCGACACUUGGGAGGGGCGUUACAUCGAGGUGGAGCACACCAGCCCCGACUGUGGAACCAUAACUGCAACUCCAAACGGUGUGAACAUUGAGUACACGAGAGACGUGGUGAUCCAAUACAGCCAGGACUACAUCAUCAACAUCGACGACCGAUACACCGUCAAGUGCGUCCUAGACGGCAGUGGAGUGCCCGUGUCCUACAACAUCGUGCCCGUCAACACCGCAGACCUAUCGCCUCUGAACACCAUCACAAGACAAGACUUCCUGGGUCCCGUGUUCCUGGCUAUCACAAGCGGGGGUCAGGCAGUAUCAACCACCCCUAUAGACGUCGGGGCUGAGCUUGUGUUUACCUUCGCCAUAUCUCCCGACUACGAGUCCAUGUUGAUCAUAUCCGGAGAGGCCAACAACACUAUGACAGUCGGCACCAAAACGCUGAAUCUCAUCACUGGAAGUUGCAUGGACGACGACGCCUUCCCCGUUAUUGUAGAAGAGGCAAGCCGCGGGUCAGGAGGCACAGACAAACGGGAGAUAAAUCUAAAACUCCGAGCCUUCCAUUUUGACGGAAACACAGACGUUGGGUUCAAGUUCCUCGUCAAAGUCUGUCUGACUGCUAAUGCUGCCGACUGCGAUCCAGCAAACUGCCCGCCCGGAAGUGCCAACGGCUUUGGUCGCAGGAGGAGAGCUGCCCCUAGUGAGACAAUCGUGGAAAGAAUUAUCAGCAUCCAGGACCCGCGUUCGAUUACAAAACUAGAUGAGAAAGACGUCGUGUAUUCAGAAUGCCAAAUGUCGGGGAAGAUUUCCGCAGCUAUGAUUGCCAUGGCCGUCGCGCUCUCUAUCCUCAUUCUGCUCUGCAUUGCAUUGAUUGCACGUGCUGUGACGUCACGUAUCCAUAGAAACGUGCAUAUUGAUGAUAAUCACACAAUGUCAUCAGCAGUGAAACGGUUUUAAAUAGCCGAUCUUUUACACAGUAUGAACAUAAAAAAAAUUAAAACGAAUUCUAAAUUCGUCGUAACGUUUUGCCUUUCUAUAUAUAAUUUAGGCCAUCAUUUUGAUAACGAAGUUUUAGGGAUUUUUUUAUGUAAUCGCAAGGAUGGUGAUCGAAAUAAAACAAUCCAAAUACAAACAUUUCCUUAUGAA